AUGAUAUCAACUCUCCUCACCCUCCUAGUAUCAUCCUUCCUAGGCCUGAUAUCAGCCAGUACAAGCCAUGAGCGCUCGUACUUUUACGUCGGCGGGAAUUACAGCAUCAACACUGAUGGCGAGAAUAUCUUCACGAACCAGAUGUAUGUUGAGAGGCUUGUUCCGGCGGGUGGUGUGUCGAGGGAGUACCCGAUUGUGUUUGUUCAUGGGAAGGGGCAGACGGGGACGAACUGGUUGAAUAAGCCGGAUGGCGGCGACGGCUGGGCAUCCUAUUUCCUAUCCCAAGGCUACGAAUGCUACAUCCUGGACCAGACAUCCCGCGGCCGUAGUCCGUGGACACCGGAAAGUGGUACCCAGUCGGUAUUCACCGCGGAGCAUAUACAGGAGUACUUUACGGCACCGGAGCGAUACAAUACCUGGCCCCAGGCACACUUGCAUACCCAAUGGCCUGGCUCCGGUGUAAUAGGCGAUCCCGUAUUUGAUGCGUUCUACGCCUCUAAUGUCCCGUACGUGAAUGUAUCGACUGCGCAGCAAUCUACUGUUCAAAAUGCAGGUGCGCAGCUGCUGGAUCGUAUUGGAAGGGAGGUUAUCCUCGUUGGUCAUUCGCAGGGCGGAACGAUGUCCUGGAUUAUCGCGGACGCAAGGCCGGAUUUGAUUCACUCGCUUGUGGCUAUUGAGCCGUCUGGGCCACCUUUUCACGAUGUGGCUUUUGGGAAUACGCCGGCUAGAGCGUAUGCUUUGGCUGAUAUUCCAGUUACGUACGAGCCGGCUGUCACGGAUCCCAAGAGUGAUUUUGUGUAUCAGACGGUUCAGGCGAGCUCGACGGAUCGAUUCGAUUGUCUUACCCAGGCUAAGGAUCCGCAGCCGCGACAGUUGGCUAAUAUCAGCAAGUUCCCGGUACUUUUGAUCACAACGGAGGCAUCGUACCAUGCACAGUAUGACUGGUGCACCGUGCUGUUUCUGCGACAGGCGGGUGUCAAAACGGAACAUUGGGCGUUGGCGCAAUUGGGGAUUCACGGGAACGGUCACAUGGUGUUCAUGGAGAAGAAUAGCGAUCAGGUGGCUCGGGCAAUUGCAGGAUGGUUAGAGGAUUGA